CACCGCGCUUGCCCUGAGGCACGGAUCCUUUUUGGAAAUUAAUAUUUUUUUUUUAAGCCGAGGACGCAGAGGGAAAGGUGGGGGCAACAGGGAAGGCGAGACACACUGAGAGGGAGACAGAGCCCCACAGUGAGAGGAAGGAAGAAGGCAACAGUCGUCGGCAGCCCAUGUGAGGACCGGACUGGUGCGCCCUUCGCCGCCUCUGCCCGGCCUCAUCGAUGUUGUGUCCGCCGCCCGCUCGCCUGGAUCAAGAUGAACGCGCAGCUGACCAUGGAGGCGAUCGGCGAGCUGCACGGGGUGAGCCAUGAGCCGGUGCCCGCCCCUGCCGACCUGCUGGGCGGCAGCCCCCACGCGCGAAGCUCGGUGGCGCACCGCGGCAGCCACCUGCCCCCCGCGCACCCGCGCUCCAUGGGCAUGGCUUCUUUGCUGGACGGCGGCGGCGGCAGCGAUUACCACCACCACCACCGGGCCCCCGAGCACAGCCUGGCCGGUCCCCUGCAUCCCACCAUGACCAUGGCCUGCGAGACUCCCCCAGGUAUGAGCAUGCCCACCACCUACACCACCUUAACCCCUCUGCAGCCGCUGCCGCCCAUCUCCACCGUCUCGGACAAGUUUCCCCACCAUCACCACCACCACCAUCACCACCACCACCCGCACCACCACCAGCGCCUGGCGGGCAACGUGAGCGGUAGCUUCACGCUCAUGAGGGACGAGCGCGGGCUGGCCUCCAUGAAUAACCUCUAUACUCCCUACCACAAGGACGUGGCCAGCAUGGGCCAGAGCCUCUCGCCCCUCUCUGGCUCCGGUCUGGGCGGCAUCCACAACUCCCAGCAAGGGCUCCCCCAUUAUGCCCACCCGAGCGCCGCCAUGCCCACCGACAAGAUGCUCACCCCCAACGGCUUCGAAGCCCAUCACCCGGCCAUGCUCAGCCGUCACGCGGAGCAGCACCUUACGCCCACCUCGGCUGGCAUGGUGCCCAUCAACGGCCUUCCUCCGCACCACCCCCACGCCCACCUGAACACCCAGGGCCACGGGCAGCUCCUGGGCACGGCCCGGGAGCCCAACCCUUCGGUGAACGGCGCGCAGGUCAGCAAUGGAAGUAAUUCAGGGCAGAUGGAAGAGAUCAAUACCAAAGAGGUGGCGCAGCGUAUCACUACCGAGCUCAAGCGCUACAGCAUCCCACAGGCCAUCUUCGCGCAGAGGGUGCUCUGCCGCUCCCAAGGGACCCUCUCGGACCUGCUGCGUAAUCCCAAGCCCUGGAGCAAACUCAAGUCCGGACGGGAGACCUUCCGGAGAAUGUGGAAGUGGCUGCAGGAGCCAGAGUUCCAGCGCAUGUCUGCGCUCCGCUUAGCAGCAUGCAAAAGGAAAGAGCAAGAACAUGGGAAGGACAGAGGCAACACGCCCAAAAAGCCCAGGCUGGUCUUCACAGAUGUCCAGCGUCGAACUCUACAUGCAAUAUUCAAGGAAAAUAAGCGUCCAUCCAAAGAAUUGCAAAUCACCAUUUCCCAGCAGCUGGGGUUGGAGCUGAGCACCGUCAGCAACUUCUUCAUGAACGCAAGGAGGAGGAGUCUGGACAAGUGGCAGGACGAGGGCAGCUCCAAUUCAGGCAACUCAUCUUCAUCAAGCACUUGUACCAAAGCAUGAAGGAAUACCACAAACUAAACCUCGGUGGAAAAGCUUUAAAUAAAAGAAUUUUUAAAAGACCGGGACCUCAAGAUAGCAGGUUUAUACUUAGAAAUAUUUGAAGAAAAAAAAAGUGUUAUUUAUAGUCCAAAGAAACCAAAGACUUAGCUCACCUGCAUUCUGACUUUGUUCGGUGACACACACUUGAACGGGGCGAUGACUUGGCAAGAAAAGUUCUGAGAGCGGGGAAACACCACUGGAUCUCACACCUUCAGUCCAUGAUCAUUCUCGCUGUGCUUGGCUGUUUCAUGGUUUGGAGCAUAGUGAUUUUGAGCCAUUGAGUGGACAUCUCUUAAGAUUGGACUUUCUCAUCUGUUCCGCUGUGCCACAAAGGUGGACGGCAUCUCAGUACUCUGUGUGGUGGGUGUGCAGAUGCGCACACAAGCACGCACACACUCGCUCACACACGCACCACCAGUGGUUAGGGACUUAGGCAGGGCUGGUCUUCAGGAAGGGUUGUGCCGUAGGAGCGCAACCAACCAAGUUAAGGGGUUGUCUGAGUUCAUUGGAUCAGGAGUGAGAUUGCGUUCGCCUAGCCUAGCGUUUGAACCUGCCAGGCCUGCCACCUAAAUGCAGAUUCAAACCCAGCAAAGAAAAUUUGAAUGAUACCUAAACCAGUGCAUUCUCUUUGUUUGUUAAGGAAUGUUCAGAUAUUUUUUAAGAAAGGAAACAAGAGUCCAUCCAUUAAAAAAAAAAAACAACUAGGUACCAAAGAACACAGUAUUAUAGUGCAGGUAUUUUAUUGCAAUGAUUUUAAUAACCAAAGCUAUUUUUACACAAGAUACUAUGUAAAGUUAUACGUAUGAACUGAUCUAGCUAUAACACACAUGCCACAUAGAAUCAUGACUAUUAUUUAUGACUCUUGAAGCAUUUGAAAUAUUAGUUUUCAGAACUGGCAAGAAAGAAUGUAGCUUCAGGGAAGCAAUUAAUAUCAUUACAAAGAGGUCACUGCAGUGUACAUGUACAUCCAGAUGGCAUACUCCCUUCUGGGAUCCAUAAAUGACACCUUUAGUAGACAUAUAGAUGUGAUUCUAUAAUCUGCUCAUAGCUGAGAAAUCCUGGGGAUUCUUCUGAAUUAGUACCCUAUUUGUAAACUAGAAGACUAAGUUUAACAGGGCAGGUAACUAAAUUAGAAAAUUUGCUCAAAGUAAUGCUUUUUAGUUAAAAGACUACUGAAUAAAGGACUCAGUUCUUAGGCUAAUUGGACUUAAUUUGCUUUAUGCAUUUGACACCAAAUACCUUUUUAAAAUACAAUCACACAAUAAAGUGAGCAGACUAACAUUAUUAUUAAAAUAGACUAUCCAGUAUUUGUAAUCAUCCUAAAAAUGUAAUCAGGUUGAUUUUAUUUGCCAAUCCAGAUAUUUUAUGACUUGGGCAUCAGCAAAAAUUGCAUAUAUACAAGUGAGAAAUGGUAGAAAUGCAUACAAAAAGCCAGAGUUUUACGGAAGACAAGACUUUGGGUUCUAGAGGUAUUAACUAUUUAUUUCAUUACACAUAGCCACCAAAGUGUACUACAUUCUUUCUUGCUACUGCAUUAAGCUGUAACUUUUGUAACACAGAUUCCACUCUCUAACAAGGAAAGAUUCCAGAAACUAGACCUGAGCCUCCAGAUACAAAAUUAUUAGGUUUUAUUUUUCUAAGUCACUUAACCAGGGCUAUAAAUACCAAGGCAAAUUCUUUAAAAAGAUAAUAUUGUUGUAUUAGCAGUACCCAAACGAGGCAUUUGAUUCCCCGCAAAAAAUCUGCCUGAAUGCAAUUGAAUCGUAACUAAUAUAAGUGGACUAUUUGUACUAUUAAGAAUUGGGUACCUGGUUAAUUACCACUCCUAACUAGAAAUGUAAAAUUAAGUGCUAUCUCAACAUUAAGUUGUUUAAUUGAGAUUCAUUAAAAUGCCAAAGAAAAAAAUUAAACCAUCUCAACACAAAACUAAACUCUAGGAUCCAGUCCCAACAUCCGCCUAGGUCUAGAUGGAGAGAUGGAGCUAAACUAACAGGCCUCUUGUGUCUCCUUGAUGUCUGCUACCCACUGAGAAAAGGGAGCCAACACAGACUUUUCCUUUGACAAAACUGCUCCUUUUCCUUGACACAUUUUAUCUUAGAAUUUUUUUUAUCUCACCCCAAAUUCCAGCUUAAGGUUUUCCCUUAUAAAUAUGGCACAAUCAUAGUUCAGCUACUAAAAGAGACCAUGUAAAUGGCCACCCUUCAAAAUCUGCUAAAAAUAUAACCUUGUCAAUGGCUUCCCCAAAAGGGAAAAAGCUGAUUAACUUUUUCUCUCUCCAGGAAUGCAGGGGACCAGGGAUACAGCUAUAUAAUGUGUUUAUAAUUUAGGAAGAAGGAAAGCCUUAUUUAUUCAAAACAUGAGAAUUUUAAGUGCAGGGAAAUUCAAGCUGUGUCUACCCACAACCUUAUCAAAUUCAAAAUUCCAGGAAAAACAAAAGUUGAAUUCAGACAACCAUGGUUUUUGCUCUGUUUUUACUCCCUCAGAUUAAUCCAACUGCAUUGUACAUUUUCAACUGAUUAUUUUGGUACAAGGGAGACCAGUCUCAAAGAACAUUAUUACAUUUUUAAUAUUUCCACCGUAAUGUUUUUUUUAAUAACCAGUGAUCCUAUUUGCUAACACCAAAGAUAAUUUUCAUACCAGCAUUGAAUUUGCACCCAUUAUGCAAUUUCAGGGCCUAGAGAUAUAUUUUCUCAUAAACAGAUGCACAAAUCAGAGCCUGAAAAGCAAUCUUUUUACUUGACUAUUUAAACACUCUCACAACCUUUGCUUUUUAGAAAUCAUAAUGGACAAACUCAGCUUCUCACAAGCAAUACACUUAUUACAUCAUGUAUGACUGAUUCUUUAUUGCUUUUGACUUGGCAUGUAGAGAGGAAAUGCUUCCAUUCCUGUUUAGUAUAGUACAAAUUUAUGGCUCAGGUUUCUUAACCUACCACAUUCAACAGAGCAGAUCAUGCACCACUUGUUCAUGCAUCAUUUCUCAAUCCCUUUGCAAAAUUCACCUUAAAGGGUAUCAUUUUUUUGGUAUGUUUGUUUAUUCCAAAACUGCACUUCAAAUAACAUGUUUUGGGUUUUUUUGGAAGGAUGGAAGUUAGACUGUUUGGGGCCUUAAAUCAUUCAGGUCCUCUCAUGACUGGAAGCUUUCCUGAGGGGGCCAAGAGAGAGAGUGGGAGGUAUGAAGUCUGGACACUCCAAAAUCCCAGAUUUCAGUAAAUGUUCAGGUACAAUAAUUCUGAGUGUCAGGAACUGAGUAUUCCAGUCCCUGGAUGCAGCUGGAAUAGACCCCCAAACCAAAGAGAAUGUGUGGAAAUUCAGAAAUGCUAACUGAACAUGUUACUCACUCUGCCCCAAAACAGGCAUAAUUAACUCUCCAGGUGAAAAAGUAAAAGCACUCUACUGCUUUUGGACUCAUGCCACUCCCAUUGUGCCCCAGGUGAAUGACCCAUCUUUGCAGGUUAAAUGCAACCUUUGCUAUACCAAAGAGUCCUAGGACUUUUCACAUGAGCUAUAAAGGCAUUUUCCCUAAGAAAGGUCCUCCCUUCUUUGUACAUAAAGGAUGAAAACUAUGCAUUUAGCAAACAAAGAGAAAGCACUUCUCCCUUUCCUACCUGGUUGUUUAGGGUGCAUUCAAACCCCAGAGGCCAUUUUGAGACGCAACUGGCUUUCUGGACCAUUCUUGUGGUGUGGUUAGCUUUACAGUACAUUUGGUAACUAUUUCCUAAAUAGUAAAAGGACAAAGAAGCAGAAGGUAAGAAAUAGCUACUUCCACGUGUAAAAAAAAAAAGUGUAAAGAUCUACUAUUUAUAGUGUGAACCAAAGACG